GGCCUCCACCCCACCCGCUCCUCCUCCUCCGGGGGCGCGGCCCCCUGCGCUCCCGGGGCCUUCGCCGCGCUUCUCCCGGUCCCUGCGCCUUAGCGGGAGUAACGAGUCACCGAGAGGCCCCGGAAUCUGACUCCCGGGCCGGGGUAAGCGCGGGGAGGGGACGGGCUCGGCGCCCCAUCCUUCCACCUCUCCGCCCUGGCCCUGUGCGCGGGAAGCUCGCGGGUGCCGAGCGUCCGUGCCCCGGGUCACAGCAGUCAUCCCUGCCCGCGCUUCCCGGUAGCGGUAGGUAUUAAUAGACCCGCGUUCCGGAGGAGGAAAUUGAGACUCAGACUGUGGAAUUUGCCCAAACUCCAGCCGGUCGGACUCCAAAGGCUUUUCAGUAAAGUCAUCUCAUCGCCCUGAGCUUCUGCGCGCACAAGCCUUGGGCCCCUGCACAGUCACCCUCCGUGGGGAAGAUGCAGCAAGAGGAAAUGGCAAAGCUGCCCUGGCCGGUGUGGCUCAAUUCCUGGAUCUGACAGAAAAGCCAAAACAAGGAAACAAAAGCCAAGUUCCCACAGAGUUGCAGCUUUCAUUUAUGCUCCCUAAGAACACCCAAAACACAACUGUCAUCUAUUACCAUGUUUCAUAAAAGCCUGGCCAUCGAGCGAGAGCGGCACGGGGGGGACUCCGGUGAGCUCCGGAGGCUUCUCAACUCUUUGGAGAACAGACACGAUGAGUACGCCAAGGGCAUGAUCCUGCACAAUAUCACGCGCUGUGUGUACUUGCUGGAGGCUGAGGCCUCUGCUUGUACUCCUGAUGACAUCAUGCUCGUGGGCUCCAUGCUGGAUGACAAGGACAACUGUGUCAAAAUCCAAGCUCUGAACACCCUUAAGGCUUUCUCUGGCAUCAGAAAAUUCAGGCUCAAAAUUCAGGAACACUUCAUCAAGGUCCUGGAGCUGAUAUCCACCAUCUGGGACUCGGAGCUGCACAUCGCUGGCCUCAGGCUCCUCAACAACCUCCCGCUGCCUGACUUCGUGCACCCACAGCUGCGACGGGUGAUGCCUGCCCUGAUGGAGAUUCUUCAGUCAGACUAUCACCUGGCACAGGUGCAAGCCAUACGACUGUUGAGCUACCUGGCACAGAAGAAUGACCUGCUCUAUGAUAUUCUCAACUGCCAGGUGCACGCCAACUUUCUGAACCUGUUCCAGGCCAAACAAACAGGGAGUCUGUUGUUCGAGGUACUGGUGUUUGCGGAGCGGCUGAGUGAGGGCCGGAAUACGCCACACUACCGCGCCGUGAAAUGGCAUUACAACGAACAGUCUCUGCAUGAAGCUCUCUUUGGGGAAAAGUCACGACUGGCAGACCGGCUGCUCGCCCUGGUCAUCCAUCCGGAGGAGGAGGUUCAGAUCCAGGCCUGCAAGGUCAUAGUCAGCCUGCAGUGCCCCCAGGACUUAAGAGGGCAGUGCUCUUCCUGCCAUACCGGUCAUUCCUACUUUAAUAAUGGGGAAUAAAAGUAAGGAGAGCCAAUAAAUGAGUAUGGGAGAGAA